AUGGUGAUGACAUUGGCGCCGUCUCUGGCAUUGAAGUCGGCGAUGUCACUGCGGCAGUCAGCCCGAUGUGCAGCCGUGUUGUCCGGAACCUCCUCAGCCGCCAACCCCACCCGCCUCCCACCUCCUCAGGUGGAGCGGAGCCCGAGUGCGCACGCGUACCUUCUGGGGCCACUCUCGGCACCUGUCCUACGAGCGGAGCAGCCCCACCGCAGCCGCUCCACCCUCCCCUCCUCUCAGCCCAGCGCACGGACAGGAAGCAUGGGCAACUUCUCCAACACUUCGACCUGCUGCGACGGAGCUUUGGGCGGGAACAUUCCGUGGGCUGUCACCUACGCGCUGAUGGCAGUGGCCGGGAGCACGGCCAAUUUGCUGGUCAUUUACCUGGUGUGCUCAGUCAGGAGGCUCCGCAGCACCAGCAACGCCUUCAUCGUCAACGUGUGCGCCGCCGACCUGCUGCUCUGCGCCCUCUGGAUGCCCCAGGAGGCAGCAGCUCUGGCUCAGCCGCCGCCCCCGGCCGCCGAGCACAGCAUAGCCGGGGCGCUGCUCUGGAUCGGGCUGCUCGCCUCCCUCUUCUCGCACUCGCUCGUCGCCCUCAACCGCUGCGCGCUGAUCACCAGACUGCCGGCGGCUUACCGAGACCUCUACCGGCGAAGGAACGCCGUGGCGAUGAUCGCAGGCUCCUGGCUGGCGGCCGGCUCGCUGCUGCUCCCCUGGCUGGCAGGGCGAGGUGACAGCAGCCGCCGCCCGUUCGGGGCUUGCUCCCGGCUCCCGGCCGUCGGCCCCGUCCUCGCCCGCGGCUGUUCGGCCUCUGCUAGCCCUUAUCCCGGCGCCGUUACCGCCGCCGCCAUCCUGGCUCAGACCGCCGUCCUGCUGGGCGCCUACUCCAGAAUACUGCGCCGGGUGCAGGUCAGCGCGAAGAGAGUCAGCGUCCUCAACUUCCAGGUCAUUAGCAACUUGCCCUACCCGUUUGCUAGGAAGGACAGAAGGUCCCGCUUCUACGUCUCCUUCGUCCUGUGCGCCUUCUUGCUGAGCACCGAGCCUUUCCUGUGGGUGCUGAUCUUCGGGCUGUUUCAGCCGGUGUCCACUGCUCUCUCCAACCUCGCCUGGCUGCUCUUCACCCUGCUCUUCGUGCUGAGCCCCUACCUGUACACCCGCAAGAACGAAGAGUUCAAAAGAUCCCUGCGAACUCUCCUCGGCAUCGAGCUCACCAGAGAGCCGGCGGGGGCCGAGCCGGUGAUCCAGGCGGUGUCGCGAUGAUCCUGCCUUCUCAAGCCGGAGACAGGGGCGGCCCAAAGCCCGAGUUGUGCAGAAACUUCACACUGGAUCAGCAGUGCCACGGAUUCAAGCUCGCCGGAGUGUGAAAGACUGUAUUAAUAACGUACUAUUAAAAAAGUGGGUAACUUCCUAUAUGGCGGUGACCCGCGUGGAGUCUGCCCGAGGUCAAGUCCAAUUUGGUGUACCACGACGUGUGUGUGUGUGUCCGUUGUGCGUCAGGUUUAUGUUGGACAGCUCCCGACUUUUCUGAAAAUACUGACAUUUAUUCUGCUGUUCUGAUUCCGUUUCAAUCGCGGGACCAGGGUUGAGCCGGCUCGAUUAGCCCACUCCUCAUCAGCUUUGAUUUGCGGCGGGCAGUGAAGAGUUACCACGUUGGUUUCUGGUGUGGAAUCACACGGCAGUCGUCCUCCCGAUGCUGACUGGCCUGCUGGGUGUUGGCACCAUUUUGGAAUUUUAUCUCAGAUUCCCAGUACUUUCAGUGGGAACUAACUUCUUCAAAUCCUGAAUUCCACAUUUUCUCUGAGGACCAAGAGAAUUUUGUAUAAACACAAACACAAGAGAUUUUGCAGAUACUGAAAAUCCAAAGCAACACACACAAAAUGGUGGAGGAACUCAGCAGGUCUGGCUGAUAGGUCAUCUGUGGAAACUAACAAAUAGUCUACGUUUUGGGCAGAGACCUUUCAUUGGGACCGUAUAAACACAGCAUCUGUUCAGAACAAACCUGGCUUCAUGGAUUGACCCAACACUCCCGCCUUGCAGAUUUUGUACUGGCAUCUCUUUAAAUCCUGCGGAUUCACAUCUACGGAGUUAUUCCUCACUUUAUACUUCCUCCUCCUGGGUGCAGCUUGUUUGUUGUUCAGUGCAUGGAAAUGUAAAAUGUUUAACUCAGAAAUUCAGACUGCAGCAUUGAAAAACCUUUACAGUGUCAAUCAUCUUAACUGCAGGAAGAUGGGAGACAGCAGGAAACAAGACAAUGACGAAAUGUUGGGUCAAGGGUGUCAAAGGUGAUGAUCCAAACAACCUUGAAUCUAUUCCAAUGGACGGAAAGCGUUCAACCUUGCUAGAUUGAACGGUUACUGUAAGGAUCACUCCAGUAAGCAAAGCUGCGAGAAAACAUCACCAAUAUUUAAUUUAGCUGGGGGGUGUGCAACUGUCUAGGAACAACUGACAUUUUCAGGGGCCACAGGUCACUCUCUUUAAAGUUAAAAUGGUGUUCUCCUGGUGUGAAUUAUGUAUUGCACUAAUUGGCUUCCAGCCUGGAAGUGUUUUGCUUACUAUGUAUAAGAAUGAAAAAUAUCACAUCAACUUGUCAUCUACUUCCUUGAACAGAUUCUUAGCCAGGUAUUCUUGGAUUAAACUGCAAAUCAGAUGUGGCAUUUCUCACAUUUUUCCAAAAUGUUUCAAAACUCAUAAGUUGAAGUUGUGCCCUGCUGCUAAGGAAGCCAAUGCCUAGGUUCAUCCAUUACAAAGGGAGGGGCUACUCAAUCCAUUCUUUAUGCUGGCACUUUGAAAAGAGUUUGCCACUUUUCCCACUUACCCGCCAUUCUCUUUACUCAUGCAAUGCUCUUUUUUUAAAAAUGGAAGUCACCACCUUUUCAGGGUGGCGCACUCUAGUUUCUAACAGCCCACCAAAUUAUUUUCCUUAUUUACUCCUCCUGCUCUGCCCCUCUUCUACCAGUUAUGGAACUGAUUACAUCACUGUACAAGAGAAAACAAUCCCAUCUUCAUUGCUUUUCUCUUUCUACUGCACCACUAUUCUGGUAAAUCUUUUCAGGACUCUAUAAACUAUUGUCAACCCACUUGCAGAUAAAAAAAAUGAGAAGUGUGGAGUGUUAUCCUUAAAGCAGAGAGAGCCAAAAGAAGGUUUCAAAUUCAUGGAUAGUUUUAACGGAAUAAAAAAUCCAUUUCUAGGGAAGACUGAUAUUUAACCACAAGGUGCAAAUUUAAGAUGAUUCCCAAACACAAAACCUUGGGUCAGGGUAAAUUUAUUAGCUGUCACAUUCUGCAGAUGGGGGCCAUCCAGGGGAACACACAGAAAAUACUGGAGGAACUCAUCGGGUCAGUCAGCAUCUAUGGAAAUGAAUAACCAGUGGAUGUCUCCGGGCCAAGACCCUUCAUCAGGACUGGAAAGGCCCAGGAUGAACUGGUACUCUGUGCUGCUAUGGUUUGAAAGGCACUGCCUGAACUGGUGCUGAAAGCAGAUUCAGUUGUAGAUAUUUUAGACGUUUCUGUAUAUUUUAAUGUAAAAUAUAAAGCGGGGGACAAAUUACAGGGAAGUAUGACAAAUUGCUAAUUUGCCCUUGCCCAGACCUAUAGCUUGGGGCUAACGAUCUCCUUCAAUAUUCUAUUGCCUGAUCCGUGAAUCUAUUGACCGUAGAGCAUAUUGAGCUGCCAACAAUUCAACUUAAAUGGCUGACGGAGUCUGAACUGAUGUGAGUGAAAAGGACCUUACGCGUUCAGUACAUCCUGAAAAAGACGCAAAUAAGUUGGGUGAUAGACUACAUAAGAACAGCAGAGGGCGCACAAAGUUGCAACACGUCAGGAAAACACAAAAUACUGGAGCAGUUCAGCAGGUCAGGCAGUAUGGAAAUACAAAGUCGACGUUUGGGGCCGAGACCCUGCAUUAGGACAAGCUCACUGUGGCUUGAAAUUCAACCAGUCACUAAUGUUUGAAUGAGACAUGAGCGCUCCGUUCAUAUUACCCACUCGCCGAUGCUUUGGCAAUGUUAAGUAAAGAGAAUGAGCUCCCAGGGUAAUUUUUAGCGGCCACUGUUGUUAACUUACUUUUCGGGCUCAAUGCUUUGCUGGGAAAAGCAGCAGUCCUUCUGAUGAAGAUAUUCCAAACGGGCAAGGUGAUCUGUCCUGCUAUUUGCACACUGAACACACCUGGACAUCUUUUUAAAUCACAUUGCCUGCUACUUGUCAGCAUUGGAGCAGUGUGGGUAGAGGUGUAGCUGGUUUGGGAGUGCAGGUCUUCCUGCCUGUG